UACUUAGAGGAUUUUAGCUUCAUGUCCCUCUUGGUAACGAUUUUUUCAGUUAAAUUUAUUCGAUGGCCGAAUAAAAAGUCAUUGAAAGUCAUUAUUUGCCCCUGAACAAUGAAUCUGAAAAUAGGAAAUCAUGAGAAAAUUGAAGAAAGUAUGAUAUCAUGAACAGUAUUUUUAUUAUUUUUUGAAAGAUACGGGCAAAAACGACUGCGUUUUGUUAUGAUCAAGAGGACAAAACUCCCACUGCAUCUUUUGAAAACACCAUUACAGUAGUUAACAAGUUUUUUUUGCAGUUGCUUAAACCCUGACUUAAGAUUUUUUAAGGGUUUUGAGUUUGAACACUAUAAAUAAUGACUUCCUCUCUCUUCUUCCUCUUCCCUGGGGUUUGUGCCGGAAGCAAAAGCUUUGCUCUCACACAAUGUCGUCUGCAGAAACUUCUCAAGGUAUGAUGCUAGACAACAAUGAAGAAGAAGACCCCAAGGGGACAACAGCAAUAGCUUUCUUUAACAAGGAUGGCGUCAUUGCGGCAGCAGAGUCGAGAGAGUCCAAUGAAUGGGUUUCUGAAACUAAGAGGAAGAUAGAUUGGAGUCCUAAUAUUUCGGACAAAGCCAAUAAAGCAAAUUAUAUAACCAAAAAGAUACUAUCCAUAUCGGUGGGGAGUAGAUUUCAGUGUAACAAGAUGAAUGUGCAUCUGAAUAAAGAGUUGGAACACUAUAAGAAGAGCGGCCAAGAAAUCGCAGUGUCAUAUGUAUCGGACAUCAUCUACAAGUAUUUACUUACUUGUCGUUUUAGAAGCAAAAGUUUUGGAACCCUAAUAGCUGGUCAUGAUGAAACAAAAGGUUUUCAAGUUCAUCGCCUUUUUAUAAAAGACAAUGUAGUGGUUAGAGAAAUGGAUAAGGAGAUUGGUUCACUAGGAUCUGGUUCUGCUUAUGCCAAUGAUAUCUUAGUCCACGGUUAUGACUUCAACUUGUCCAUGCCUGAUGGGAUAAAAUUUGCCAUUAAAACGGUGUUGAACGGUUCCUUUUUUGACAAAAGUAGCGGAGGAACGAUACAUGCUUUUCACGUGAGCAAUGAGAGAUGUUUUGUUAUGGAGCCUUGCCAAGCUUUAAAUGCAUAUCGGGACAAUUUCGAGCACUAUGAUCCAGGACGGAUGCUCUUCUUGAUAUACAAUGUUAUGGAUACAUCACUUCUUAGUUCCGAUCAUUUCAUAAAUCUAUUCAGGUCGGAGGGAGACAUUCUAGCUGCCCACCGUGUUGAUGAGCGUAUAUCACAUAACUUUCAAUUCUUCCUUCAUCGCCUCGUAUUCACCAGUCGAGAGGAGGCUAGGAAAGUACUUAGUUGCUCGAAGGUGAAGAUGUAUCACGUUAAGGAUUCUGACCCCCCUAUUUUCACACACUUUCCAUACCAAGUGAUCCUUGAUGGGGUUGAAAACAUUGGGAAAGUGACAAUGAGAAUCGGUGAGGCUUCAAAGGAGACGGUGGACUAUAUGCUCAAUAACUGUCCAAUCAAGAAUGCAGCAGCACGACAUUUCCAGAAUAGAUGUUAGGCAGUAAUAUUUAUUAUCUGCAAUGAUAGAACAAAGACUCUGAGUUUUUGGAUCCUCUGCAAGUGCUUUUUUUUUCGCUCUCGGUAAACCAAGGGCAACCACCCAUGAUCAUCUCAAAGUCCAAGUAAACAAAAUGAGCUGAAAUGGCACUCUAUCUCCAUGACCAUGAUAAAUGGGGGUGCGGGGUGCUGUCGACUUGUCGUAGAAUAUAGACAGAUUCUAUAGAACUAUGUAGCUUGCUCUUCCUGUAAGAAAACUUGAUGAACACGACAUUGUCUAGAACCUAAGUUCAUAUUCAUAUAUGAUUUAGUUUUGAAUUCAAAUGUCAAGUGUAAGUUAAGGACUUAAUAAAAUCAUUCUGGUCCAACUUAUCACAUCUGUUAGAAUUUUGAAAUUCAUAGAUACAGUUAUGAGAGUUCAUCUAGUUUUGAAAAAGUAGUUG